AUGACUGAUCUAACUCCAACUUUUAAAGAGAUAUUAACCAUCUUCGAUGAGGACAAUCUUAAGAACGGUAAAUCUCAAAGGAGAACGAUUCAGACGAGUAUUGACAUAAAUGUGAAGAAGUAUGAACUAAAGGACUCUUUUGUUAAAGAAUGUUAUGAAUUAUUGAAUUUUAUGCGUGAGUUACGCAAAAUACUAAUUAGCAUAAAGACAGAUUACUACAAUGAAGAUGAUCUUAAUAUGACAGAAGAACAGAAGGAUGACUUUGAUACAGAAUUUAGAUUACAAUUUCAAAAAUAUAUUCAGAAGUUUAAAAGCCUGGAAAAAUAUGAAACCGAACGACAGGCAUUGAUUGAGAAAACUAUAAUAAAUCCUAAUAGCAACGUAAUGAACAUGUUCAAAGGGAAAAAUGGCGAUCAUAAUAUACUAAUAGAGUUUCAUAAAUCUAAUGACAGAUUUAGAACAGGUGUCCUUCAAUCGUUGAACAUAUUCAUUACAGCUAUAUCUUCAGAGUUUGCAUCAAUGCAACAGAGAAGGUUAACUCAACAACGGAAAUUUGAAAUGUUUGAUCUUAAUGAUAAUCUUGGCCUAAAUGAUUCCCCAAUGAUGUCUCACGAACAAUUGACUACACCGACGGUAGGGUCAGAAAAUCAAGCACCGUCGGAUGUAACUGUGGAGGAACCAUUAAGUAUUACUGUUUCUCACUCUGCAGUCGAAAAUGUACAACAAGAAGUGAAACAAUAUGAAGAAACAAUGUCUAAAUUAUCGCAGGAACAGAUACAGCUACUAGAAACAGAACAUGAGGAAUUACUGAGUGAGAAGAACGAACAGUUAAAGGCAGUUGAAAAGAUAAAUAAAACAAUUUUAGAUAUUGUCAGCAUACAAAAUGAACUUUCUACUCAUCUACAAAGUCAGUCUCAAGAUAUUAACACAAUGCUUGAUAAUCAAGAUGAAAUCGACAUUAAUAUCAAGAAAGGUAACACCCAAUUAAAGAAAGCUAAGAAAUCAGCAAGUAGGACAGCUAAUAUGACAAAAUAUCUUGCAAUUUUGAUAGGUAUUCUAAUUCUAUUGAUAGAUUUUAUUAAUUAG